AUGGCCGCCGCAGACGCCACGGCAACGUCCAAACUGGCCUCGUAUUUCGCCCGGCUCAGCCCAGUUCCGGCCUUCCCAGAGUACACUGGCCCAUUCAAGGUCGGCACUGUCGAUGUCGAAAUUCCAGUCACAGAUUUGCACUCCCCAAGCCCUGCGCCCGCCAACGCCGUUGAUAUUCCAACGGUCCAGUUCCGCGUCUUCUAUCCUGCUGUUCCCGAAUCCAGCGAGAAGCGCAUUACAUGGCUACCAAACCCCCAGAGGCACCAUGUUUCUGCUUACACCAAGUUUGUGGGCAUUGGAUCAACCUUGGCAGACAUCCUCUCAUUCCUGCCUCGACACCUUCACUACACAACCAUCCCAGUCCACAAGAAUGCUGAAGCUGCCGAUUCCGAAACGAAGCGAUGGCCGACAAUGAUCUUCUCCCACGGACUGGGUGGUGGACGAAAUUCGUAUUCCUACAUUGCCGGGUCGCUGGCAUCCCACGGUGUUGUUGUCUUCUGCCCCGAACAUCGCGAUGGUAGUGCUGCUGUCUCCUUCAUCAGACUAGCCGACUCGUCAAGCCGCUUCUUCUCCUCGGCCGCUCGCCGCAUUGUGCCGUAUAAUCGCAUACCGCACCAUGUCACACCGGAAGUCUACGAGGCCCGCGAGGACCAGCUGCGCGUUCGACUGUGGGAGCUUGGCCUACUCCAUGACGCCAUGCUUGCGAUUGAUGAGGGUAGGGGGUUUACCAAUAUGAAUCUGACCACGCCAACGCUGAAACAGUUCAUCGGGCGUCUCGAUGUUCACGAGCCCGGUCGCAUCAUCUUUGGUGGACAUAGUUUUGGUGCCGCCACAGUCCACCAAUUUCUGAAAUGCAACUAUUAUGCCGACGUUGCCGAGGUUGCUAAUAUGAAAAAGCCUCUCUUCACGCCUGCCAAGGAUAGUAGCAUUCGGAAGCAGAUUACAGAGAAAAACGUCACGAUGCUUCUUGACAUGUGGUGCUUGCCUGUACUUGGACCUAAUUCAAAGCCCCUUUACGACCUACCCCUACCUGUAUACGCCGACGUGCCCUCUGCACCUGGCGGCACAGCUCUCCUUGCCGUUGAGUCGGAGGCCUUCCACAAAUGGACCGAGCAUCUGCACGUCAAGGCCAAGCUCUUGUCGCCGGAUCCAACCUCCAAAACCGUUACGCCGCCAUUAUUCGAACGCCCCAGCGGUAUAAAGCUGCCAGAACCCAACUUCUUUUACGUCGUCAACUCGGCACAUCUCAGCCAAUCUGACUUUGGUAUUCUGUUCCCCUGGUUAACCAAGAAAAUAUUUGAUGCCGAACAGCCGGAGCGCGCACUGCGCUUAAAUCUCCGCGCUCAACUGCAGCUGUUGCGGGCGAACGGUAUUCCCGUGGCUCGCACGUACGCGGGUGACCUUGUUGAUGGCGCCCAUGUGGACAAGUUGAAUGCCAGGAAGGACGGCCAGAUACCGUUAACCGAGGAAGGAAUAGACGACGACAGAGCCAUAUUCGACAGGAGUGGCAACGAUAGCGUUGACCACUGGAAAUGGAUCGACUUGAUUGGGCUGGGUGAUUUUGUCGGUGAGAAUUUUGGCAAAUCCGUAGAAGAAGAGGUGGAAGAGGGGGAGGAGCAGAUGCAGGGUGAAAUGGAACCGAGCGAGAAUGAAGCUGUUCAGCCCUUGGUGCGGACUUUGAGCGCCGCUGCAUGA